UGCAGCUAUGUGCUCUCUCUCGCUCCCAUUGAAUUUUCUCAUUGGUGUACAAAACUCAGUUCUCCCAGAAAUUGAGCAGCAUCCUCCCUCCGCUUUAAUUAUCCCAAGCACAAUUUCCACAAACUCCUGAGCUCCUCCACCCUGCGCACAGAGGCCAUGUACGCUCUCGGAAUCUUUUCUCUCACAACCAGACAUCAGGCCACUGGAAGCUUGAACUCAGCUCCCCAGGGAACAACAGCUAAGAGGAGCUAAGGGAAUGUAACGAGAGUUGGAAGAUCUCAGAAUCAGAAGAAGAAAGAUCUACUGUGCUUCCCCAUGGACUUGGUACCAAACCCGGAUAGCCCCCACUCUAACAAUAGCGGCGGGAGCAGUCCCAAUAGCAGCCCCCAGAACUUUAGCUCCUCGUCCUCGGCUGCCACCGCCGGUGGCGCUGCGGCCUCCUCUUCGCCUCCAUCCUUAAGCCGCUACGAGUCGCAGAAACGGCGGGACUGGAACACAUUUGGCCAGUACCUAAGGAACCACCGCCCACCGCUCUCCCUCGCGCAGUGCAGCAGCGCCCAUGUGCUCGAGUUCCUCCGCUACCUGGAUCAAUUCGGGAAGACCAAAAUUCACACCCACAUGUGCCCCUUCUUCGGCCACCCCAACCCCCCGGCGCCGUGUCCGUGCCCUCUUCGGCAAGCCUGGGGCAGCCUCGAUGCCCUCAUCGGCCGCCUCCGUGCUGCCUACGAGGAGAACGGAGGCAAGCCUGAGACGAACCCGUUCGGCGCCCGCGCCGUUCGUCUCUACCUCCGCGAGGUUCGUGAGGUUCAGUCAAAGGCACGGGGCAUUAGCUACGAGAAGAAGAAGCGCAAGAAGCCGCAACAACAUGAACAGCACCAUCCUCCGCCGCCUCCGGCCGCCGCCUGAUCUAAGCUAAAAGCCUCAGCAGUAUCCGAUCCAAUGACGUACGAAUGCCGAGCAUGCGGAAUCUUUGAGUUGCCACCGGAUAUGCAUUAGACCUUUCUUCCGUCGAUCAAUAUGAAGUAGCUAUGUGUGAGCUUUUUCCUUCUCUAUUUGCUUAUCAUCAUCAUUAGUUCAUGUGCUCUUUUAAUUCCUACCUGAAUGAACAUCUGAACAAGUUGCUACUGCAUAUUAAAUAGUAUCAUCGUCCCAUGUUGGUUU